AUGGUGAAGUAUUGGAUUCACGUCCAUUACUUCUCCGUCCUUCUCCUUAGACCUCCCAAGUCCGGUAAGAAGGUGGCUCCCGCCCCUUUCCCCCAGGGAAAGGCUGGCUCCAAGAAGGCUCCUAAGAACCCUCUCAUCGAGCGCAAGCCCCGCAACUUCGGUAUCGGCCAGGACAUCCAGCCCCGUCGCAACUUGGCCCGCAUGGUCAAGUGGCCCGAGUAUGUUCGUCUUCAGCGCCAGAAGAAGAUCUUGAACAUGCGCCUCAAGGUCCCCCCUGCGAUCGCCCAGUUCCAGCACGUCCUCGACCGCAACACCGCCGCCCAGGCUUUCAAGCUCCUCAACAAGUACCGCCCUGAGACCAAGGCCGAGAAGAAGGAGCGUCUCGUCAAGGAGGCCACCGCCAUCAAGGACGGCAAGAAGAAGGAGGAUGUCUCCAAGAAGCCCUACACUGUCAAGUACGGUCUCAACCACGUCGUUGGCCUGAUCGAGAACAAGAAGGCUUCCCUCGUCCUUAUCCCCAACGAUGUUGAUCCCAUUGAGUUGGUUAUCUUCCUCCCCGCCCUCUGCCGCAAGAUGGGUGUCCCCUUCGCCAUCAUCAAGGGCAAGGCCCGCCUUGGAACCGUCGUCCACAAGAAGACUGCCGCUGUCCUCGCUUUCACCGAGGUCCGCUCCGAGGACAAGAGCGAGCUCUCCAAGCUCGUUUCCGCCAUCAAGGACGGAUACUUGGAGAAGACCGACAGCGCUCGCAAGCAGUGGGGUGGUGGUAUUAUGGGCGCCAAGGCCCAGAAGCGCACCGAGAAGAAGCAGAAGGCUCUCGACAACGCCAUCAAGGUCUAA